AUGUCCUCCAUCGCGGGCCAUCUCGUCCGUCGGGGUACGGAGCUUGCCUCUGCCCACUUCAAGGACCCCGAGAAGAAGCCCGAGCAGAUCUCGGGCGCUCUCGCUGCCUGUUUGGCCCUGACCAUCUUGAUCUUCGGCUUUGCUAUGUGGGCGGUCGAAUAUACGUACGGUGGCGUCGUAGCAACUCUUGCCGCCGUCGAGGACUCCAACCCGGAUGUCUACGUUCGCAUCGAUAACCCCCCCGAGGACCCGACCAAGCCUUUCGACCCCAACGAGCCCGAGCAUGCCGCCCUCUCUCCUCCUCCCCAGCCCGUUACCAGCAAGCUGCGCACUGCCGUCAAGCACCUGCGUGCCCGCGCCGGCUUCUGGUCCCGCUUCCGUGGUCUGUCCAUGUACCUGAGCUAUGGGCUGGCCCGUGGCAUCAUCUCCGGUUUCAUGCCUCUCCCCGCAGGCUCCUUCAUUGGCCAGUUCUUCGUCCAGUCGAUCGUCAGCGUCCUACUGGCUACCUGGCAGAUGGCCUGGGUGCACAUCGUCAUCUCCGAGCCUUCCCCCAAGCGCUUCUACCAGCGCAUUCCUAGCUUCCGUACCUGGAUCAAGAUUGCCCCCGCCGCUGCUCUGGAGGACAUCCUGACUGCCGCUGCUUUCUUCUUCCCCAUGGCCAUUGCCAGCUUUGCCGGUUGGGUCGAGUCCAACGAUGGCAACGAGAGCUCGAUGGUUGUCAUGUGCCGCUACCUGAUGGUGAUGGGUUUCCCUGCCCUGCUCGCCUUUGUGGUCUCCGUCCCCGCUCGCGUGAUCUUUGUCCGUGUCGCUGCCUCGAUGCUGCCCGAGGAGGACGAGACCAUCGUGCCCUUUGACCGCUCCUUCGGCGGCAAGGUUCAGCCCCAGAUUGUCGGUGGUAGCGGCCACAUUGGUCUGCUGGAUGCCUGGACCACCUUUGACUGGGCUGCUCGUGUUCGCUUCGCCAAGGUCCUGGGUAAGACUAUUGCGAUCGAGUUUGCCCUGGGUCUGUUGGCCGGCAUCGUGUUGUUCGCCCAAAUCUUCACCAUGGCUCCCAACGCUGUCCGUCACGGUGAUGCUGCCAAGCCUUCCACCGCUUAA